ACUCUCAAUCUCCCCUUUCUUCAAUACCGUCUUCGGUGCCUUUGGUCUUCACAAAGGCACUCACCCUCUCCCAUCACGGCUCCCCAGGCCGUGACUGACAAAGAUUUCUGCGCUCGAAAGAUACCUCACAUCAUCAACACCAUCCCUCCACCUGCCGCUUGGUCACUCUAAGCGCCUCGACGACUUCUUGCUCUUCGACGUGCCCCAUCGUCACCAGACCCCGUCUCCGUCGUUGGACGACACCCGUCAGCUGCCGCAUAGGAGGAGUUCUGCGGUUCUUCCUCUCGCCGAGGAAGAGUCGAGGAGGCCUCGCCAGAUCACUGAGGGAACAGUCUGCUAUCGCUUUCGACCACCCUAACAACCGCUCCGCUAUCUAGCUGCACAGUUCCUCGUUUUUCUUCGGAAAACAGCUUCGGACUUGAUCCUACGAACCAACACUUCUCUUUUCUUCACAGAAUCAACGUCCACCCCCGGCAACCUCGUGGGAUAUGGUUAUGGCAACAGCUGUCCUCGACAACUACGUCCCCAAUGUCAUCCAUAAUCAUGUUGUGAAGAAGAAACCCCAGUAUCUGGGUGCUCUUCAACACAAUGUUGCUGUCGAUCCGAAGCAAUUGAUCGGUGAGGCCUUCCACCAACGUGUGGGGGCCGUCAACCAUGAGCUCUGCGAUCCCGGUGAGGAAGACACCUUCUUCGUCGCAGACCUCGGUGAGGUUUACCGCCAGCACCUCCGCUGGAAGAAGAACCUCCCCCGCAUCAAGCCCUUCUAUGCCGUCAAGUGCAACCCGGACCCCAAGGUCCUCCAGCUCCUUGCUGCCCUCGGCACCGGCUUUGAUUGCGCCUCCAAGGGAGAGAUUGAACAGGUCCUGGGCCUCGGCGUCAGCCCCGACCACAUCAUCUACGCCCAACCCUGCAAGACCAACUCCUACGUCCGCUACGUCAAGUCGGUUGGUGUCAAGCAGAUGACCUUUGACAAUGCCGAUGAGCUCCACAAGAUCGCCAAGCUCUUCCCUGGCGCCGAGCUCUUCCUCCGCAUCAUGACCGACGACACCUCCAGCUUGUGCCGCCUCAGCAUGAAGUUUGGCGCCCCCAUGGACACCACCGAGAGCCUCCUUGCUCUUGCCAAGGAGCUGGGACUCAACAUCGUCGGUGUGAGCUUCCACGUGGGAUCUGGCGCCUCCGACCCCGCCGCCUUCCGCAAGGCCGUUGUUGACGCACACACCGUCUUCCAGCAGGCCCUCACCUAUGGAUACCAUCUGCGCGUCCUCGAUGUCGGCGGUGGCUUCUCCGGCGAGACCUUUGAGACCAUGGCUGGCGUUCUCGACGAUGCCCUGGCCGAGUAUUUCCCCUCUGGCUGCGGUGUUGAUAUCAUUGCCGAGCCUGGCCGCUUCUACGUGGCCACCGCCUUCACCAUUGCCUGCAACAUCAUCGCUCGCCGCACCGUCGAUGACCCCUCGGCCCAGACCACCAGCUACAUGGCUUACAUCAAUGACGGCGUCUAUGGCAACUUCUCGAGCAUCAUGUUCGAUCACCAACACCCCGUGGCCAAGAUCCUCCACGCCGGCGGCCAGACCCUCUACAACACCUACGCCGCUGAGCCGUGCCCCGGUGACGAGGGUGUCGAGUACUCCAUCUGGGGUCCCACUUGCGAUGGCAUCGAUCUCAUCAGCCAGAGCACUCGCUUCAACCGCAUCCUCGACGUUGGCGACUGGCUCUACUUUGAGAACAUGGGAGCCUACACCAAGUGCUCCGCCACCCAGUUCAAUGGCUUCCCCAACGCCCACGAUACCAUCUAUGUCUACAGCGAGUCUGGCGCCAAGGCUCUCUUGGACCUCUAAAUGAUGGUACGAUGUCAUUAGGUCGACAUGCCCUGUGUUUUUGUGGCAUGCACUUGAACAACAAAAAGGAGAGAUGGAAUGGUGGGAGCGGAUUACUUUCUUGGCAUUAGUCUUUUUUUUGACUACACGCAUUC